CGAACGAGACUAUCGAUGCGAGUGAGACAGAGGAACCGUAUGAGUGCUAUAGUGAAGCGACGUCACUGUCGUCGAAUACGUGCGAAAGAAAAUCGGGGUGAUUUCAAGACGCUCACGGUUGUCGUUCGUCGUAGGUGUUUCUCCCGCGACAAAUCCCGCUGUUAAAACGGAGUGCUGUGCUCUUUUCACGCGUGUGCGUAACGAAAGCAAACAAAAGAGUUAUCGCAAGAUUUCCGGAAGAAAAAACUAGUACGUAUACUCGGUCGGAGGUAGCGAGUAGUGCGAUUAUUACGUGUGUGCCGGCGUCUAGGAUAUAUACGUUUACGUUGUCGCGUAAUCGGUGUUUUCAUCCCGUACCAGUAUUUAUCGCGUCGGAUAUAAUAUUAGCGACGUUAGUGCUGUCACGUCUGUUAUUGUCCGCGUUUCCAGUAGCCAUGCAAAAAAGCGAUAAAUCAGUAACUGGUCUGUGGCAGCCAUUUUCCAGAUGAGUUUUCCCCUUUCUUUCGAUAAGCAAAGUGCGCUAUGCCGUGAAACAGAGAGAGAUAGCGCGAGGUAGCUAGAUAGAGGAAGAGAAAGAAACUGUGAUCGAGGAAUAGGAGAAGAAACGGUGCUCUAUUAUGUGUCGCGAGGUACGUUCGAUAAAUGCAUCAUUUCACGGUUAACCGCCGAAAUUGACAAACGCGACUUAUGCAGUCUCGUAUUUCGACGAGCGUUUAACCUUGCUGGUUGAUCGAUGCGAAAAAGAAUUAUCUAGGGAAGUAACGAAGAAGAGCGAGUUCUCGUGUGCGUGUAUGUGUAUGUACGCUCGUGUGCGCGAGAGAGAUAGAAAGUGAGUGUGCGAGUGUAUGUGUGUUAAGGGGGGAUGUAACACGAACAAUACAGAGACCCCCCAUUGCCGUGUGUUCGGUCGUCUGUUCGUAAUCACGUAUUACGACCGUUCCUGUGACUCGUAAGAACCGUCAUGAUGUCAGGCCCAGUUUACAAGUAGCCUCCUCCGUAAUUUUUCUGCUAAUUAAAAUGCGACCUACGGUUCGUCGCGACACGAAAUUCCCUUUUUAAUUCGGUAACCUUAAAAUUCUCGAACGAAUCGAAGAUUCUCCGAGCGCCGUUGAGAAAAAACGAGGGGAGGCUCGCUCUGAUCUGAUCGCGCAAUGAGAAAACGGCUUUGUGCCUUACUUCAAGUUUUAAGCUGACUAGAGUGAUACAGUAUUUCAACGCACAACAGCAGCUCUUUGUAAACAUACUGCAUUUUUACAAAUAAUUUGCAUGGAGGUAAUUCAAUAUGUAAAUCAUUUACAUUUAUUUGAUAUGUCAGAAGAGUGUUGUGGGGUUAAUAAUGAAUCAAAAGCUUCUAUUGGUGUAAUACAAUUUCCUGUAUCCAAAUUUACUUAUCGAUUACGAAGAGUUUAUGAAAAGUGUGUUGAUAGUGCAUAUUUUGGUGAAGACGUCAGUGAUGUGAUGUAACUGAACAACUUGGAUAUCAGUGUAAUAAUGUAGUGCCAACUUUACAGAUGGAUAAACAGGGAUGACUGAUAAUUGCUGGAAUUCUGGUGGUGGCGCUGGCGUCAAGAUGGAGCACUUUCAGGCCGCCCUGGACCCAAGGAAGCAGGAGUUAUUGGAGGCUCGCUUUUUCGGAGCAAGGAUGUCUGCUGGGUCACAAAUUCAGAUGGCACCUCAAUCAACUGUAAACUCUGGUCAGUCAGUUCAUAGUCAAGACUCGAACAUGAGCACUGGCUCAUCACAUAGUGAUAAGGAGGUAGAUCCAAAUACUCCGGAAAAAGUACCGAGAACUCCUUCAGAAAGGAAAAGAAAACGUAAAGCCGAUGAUGGAGGUGGAGGAGUAACAGGAGGACCUAUAGGAAGCAAAGGGUCUAGAUCUGUUGCUGCUCUUGAAAAUAAAAAAAUCAACGAGUAUUUUCCAAAGCACCACGUAGGCAAUAGUCCCAUUAGGCAUGGAGGUGCUAAAAGUCCCUCCCCUCAACAGGGGUAUCCUAUGUAUCCACCAUCGCCUCAACAACUCCUUUCACCGCAAGUAACAACACCCAAUUCUUCAGUGGCAGAAUUUUCUUCACUGAUGCAGCCGCCAAGACCUCAUCCUCAACCUCCACCUCCUCCUCCACCAGCCUCGACACAACCUGCAGGCUCAAUGGUCAGCAAGCAGGUGCAGGUAAGGCCUACCAACCUCAGUAGGACAAGCCAGGUCAGGCAAGCGAAGACUAACACCCCAAAUACAGAACUUACUUGCCAGAGGAUACAGGAAUUCGAAACUCAAGCCUCUUCAGAUUUAGAAUUACGAAACAAUAAAAUCGAUGAAUUAAAUAGAACAACAGACGAACUUAGGCAUCAAAUGGCUAAUCAACAAAAAUUAAUUGAGCAGCACAAAUCCCAUAUAAAUAAGUGUAUAGAUGUUGUAAAGAAAUUACUGAAAGAAAAAUCAAACAUAGAAAAAAAAGAGGCUAGACAAAAGUGUAUGCAAAAUAGACUAAGGUUGGGUCAAUUUGUAACUCAGAGGGUGGGUGCAACGUUUCAAGAGAAUUGGACGGACGGUUAUGCGUUUCAAGAAUUAGCACGACGGCAAGAAGAAAUUGCGACUGAACGAGAAGAAAUUGAUAAACAAAAAAAACUGCUACUCAAAAAGAGGCCAUCAAACAGUGAAACUGGUAGGAAACGGAGUCAGCCUCAACCUUCUUUGCAUAAUGGCACAGAAGCUACAUUCUUAAAGCCAGAUGCAGUACCUGGAUCUUAUACGUGGCAGGAGUAUUAUGAAGCUGAUGAAAUACUCAAGUUGAGACAAAGUGCAUUGAAGAAAGAAGAUGCAGACUUACAACUGGAAAUGGAAAAACUCGAAAGAGAAAGGAACUUACACAUCAGAGAGCUGAAACGUAUUCACAACGAGGACCAAUCGAGAUUUAAUUCUCAUCCUGUAUUGAAUGAACGUUACCUUUUACUAAUGUUGUUAGGAAAAGGUGGCUUCAGUGAGGUGCAUAAGGCAUUUGACUUAAAAGAGCAACGAUAUGUCGCUUGUAAAGUGCAUCAACUAAAUAAAGACUGGAAAGAGGAUAAGAAAGCUAAUUAUAUUAAGCAUGCGUUACGAGAGUACAAUAUACAUAAGGCUCUUGAUCAUCCUCGUGUUGUGAAAUUGUAUGAUGUGUUUGAAAUUGACGCCAAUUCUUUUUGUACUGUCUUGGAAUAUUGUGAUGGCCAUGAUUUAGAUUUUUACCUCAAGCAGCAUAAGACUAUACCUGAAAGAGAAGCAAGAUCUAUCGUUAUGCAAGUUGUAUCUGCAUUAAAGUACCUCAAUGAAAUAAAACCCCCCGUAAUACAUUAUGAUUUAAAGCCAGGUAAUAUAUUAUUAACUGAAGGUAAUGUUUGCGGAGAGAUAAAAAUUACAGACUUCGGAUUAAGCAAAGUAAUGGAUGAAGAAAACUAUAAUCCAGACCAUGGAAUGGAUUUAACAUCUCAAGGAGCUGGUACCUACUGGUAUCUUCCGCCAGAAUGUUUUGUUAUUGGUAAAAAUCCUCCUAAAAUAUCGUCAAAAGUCGAUGUAUGGAGCGUAGGUGUUAUAUUUUAUCAAUGUCUCUACGGCAAAAAGCCUUUUGGACAUAAUCAAUCUCAAGCCACCAUUUUAGAAGAAAAUACAAUUUUAAAAGCCACUGAAGUGCAGUUUGCAAAUAAACCAACGGUUAGCAACGAAGCAAAGAGUUUCAUAAGAAGUUGCCUAGCAUAUAGGAAAGAAGAGCGCAUAGAUGUAUUGACAUUAGCUAGACACGAAUAUUUACAACCUCCAGUGCCAAAACAUGGCCGCCAAGCGAAUAAUCAACAGCAGCAGCAGCAACAACAACAGAUCCAACAACAGCAACAAACGUCGUUUAGCAUUGGCAUGUUUAGUGGUAUGAAUGCGUCAAGCAGUUCGUAGUGGAAAAGAACUGAAAACAAAAUCUUCAAUAUGCUAAUACAUGCCAAAUCUUGAACACUGAACUGCACACCAUCUCAUCUUAGGAACAUAGCAAUUGCUAUAACGAAUUGUAAAUACUAAAAAAAACCGGAUAGUAUCACCAUCACCAAUGCCACGAUUACCACUACCACUCCACUACCACCAUCACUAUCACCACCACCUCUACCACACUUCUACAAGUACACUUACAGGCCGACUACAUAGGACAUUGCAAGAGAGAUGCGAGACUGGUCGCCGCAAGUCCAGGAGCUUGCGUCUUUCUAGAAGACAAGUUACAUUAUUCAGCAUGACAAAAAAAAUGUUGUGUUCGUAAAUAUUCAAUUGUAUUAUCGUUCCUUGUAUCAAACAGUGGGCUGACUUGAUAAAUAGUGUUUAAAAAGAAAAACGAAACAAAAAAUGAAAGAAACAGAUAAACAUGUGAUAAGUCAUUGUGAAUUAAAAAAAAGUGAAGUUCAAAUUAAGAAGAAAAGAAAACAAAAGGGAUACGACGAUGGAAAAUUAUUGCAAGUGAAUUUACUCGGUGAAUUAAAAAAAAAGAGAGCAACGGAAGAUGAUGUAUCCGAGGCAAAGCGUGUCAGAGCAGUUGGAGGGACUUUGCUUUUCGCGGAGACGUUCCUCUCUUCUGAAGUUACGUAUGCAUGAAUGAGUGUGACGAAAGAUUGUUAAAACUAGCGUGCGUGUAUAUAUUUAUACUAUAUAUAUAUAUACUAAUAAAUCCGAUAUAAUAUAUAUAUAUGGUGUAAAGAAACAGGACAGCAUUGACAGUGGAAAGACAACUGUGGUGGAUCCUCGCAUGACCUCCGUGCAGUCAAGUAUUCCAUGAAUAUUUGACUGCAUAUCAUGUUACUUUAUUCAAAUAUUAACAUUAUUACUUAUAUCAUGACUAAUAACAAUUAACAUACACACACGAGGAAAUUUGGUUGGUUGUUCCUAUUCUGAAACGAGUGGGCUUUAUCUAUAAACAGGAUUGAUUGGUCUAAGGUUUGAAUGCAAAGAAAGUUCAAGAAUUGCGAUACUCCCAAAUGAAAAAAGAAAUGUAUCAAAAUCGUAGUUCACCACUUUACAUGAUCCGUGCACAUGUACAUUUUUGAUCCAGAAUUUUCCAAUAGAGUUAACUCGCCUUUUUUUUCUAGAGUGGACUUCGCCGCAUUAUGAUCUUACUUUUCUCUUUUUUUCGUGAUAUAUAUCAUUCGUAUAAUCAGGCGUUAAAAAAAUUUUAAGGUAAGAAUCAUGAUACUAUAUCGACCUGAUUACUAUUUCUUUAUUCAUAAUUUGUUUUAUAUAUGUACGUUAUAUAGAUAAUUAUGAAAUAGAAGAUUAAGUUAUUUUAUCAAGUGCCCUUGCUUUGUAUUAUAGUCGUGUCUGUCGACAAAUUGCAGCUUUUGGGAGUAAGAGAGAGUUGUUAAAAAUGUUGUAAGUUGUUGGUACAAUGAUGUGGGCACGGUAUUGAUCAUUCAAUACCAACACGAUUGGCAAAGUAUGGUCAGAGGAGAAUACAUUACAAGUCUGAACAGAGUCUACUAUCAGAUCCAUCGCUUCUAUUCUAAAAGCCAACCGUUCCUGCUUCCCUCUCCCGUUUCUCUUACGGUUUUUUCAAAUUUCAAAACGUAUACUUUUUCGAUUCUUCCACGAGGAAGUGCUUUUUGUAAACUGUGUUGGAAGAUGAAACUAGUCAGAGGCUGAGCAAAUUUAUUUCACUUUUUUUUCCGAGAUGUAUGCAUAAUUGUCCAAAAUUUAACAACUUCCUAUUUUUAAACCUAUUUAUAAAUUAUACUUUACGUGUAUUCAAGAAGAAUCAACAUUGUAAUUUAGCAAAACGUCUCCUAGGUUGCUUAGAAAUUUCGCUUGAAUAUAACAGCUUGCGAUAGUCGCGAUUAGUUCUACGAUAUCGUUUUAUUUAUUAUAAUUUAAUCGUUGCUAAAACAACAGUUGUUGCAUACUAUUCUUGGACAAAAGUAUAAACACAAAACGUACUUUGGCCAGUAAAAUUUACGAAAAACACUUCUUUUAAAUGAAAAAAAGAAAAAAGUAUCGUUUUUCUACGAUGACGAUUAAGAAAUUGGACAAUUAAAUUACUUAAUAUGGAAGAAAAAGGAUAAAGAAGUGAAAGAAAUCAUUUAACGAGCAUUUAUUGCAUAAAAUCUCGGUCUGAGAUUAAUUUGUAAUGAUAGGAAGCAAAUCUAUACCAAGCCAUGUUUAUAUGUUUUGCGAUAGAAACAAUUUUGCAUUUGUAUAUAAUGAAAACUCCUUAAAAAUGCAUCGUUAAUAAAAUUAUCAAACGCAUAUAUCGGAAACAAAUUUUUUUUCUAAAAGAUCUGUUUGUUGUCUCUUUUUUUUCUCUCUCGUUUUAAUGACAAAAUUUGUUGCACAAAAGUCCCCAAUUAUUAUCUGAUCAGUAAAUACAUUGCUUGAAAUUUAAAACGUAUGGGUCUCAUCCGUAGACCAAAAACAUUAGAAAAUAAUAUUUUUAGCUCUACGUGCUCAUAUAAUUGUACAUGUAGAGUUUGAGGUAUUAUUAUGAAUUAACAAAAAAAGAAAUAAUUAAAAUAACAAAUCUUUAAUAAAUAAUAAAUCUUUUUUAUUGCCCCUACGUGUCAGCAUAGUCACGAUCUUCCUCAUAAACAACAGGAAUUGCGUCGAGGAUGGUGUAUGAAACGUUAUAGCAAUAAAUUUACGUAUUUGUGUAUAAUUUAAACUUAGUAAACUUAUUAAUUAAAUAUGAA